GAGCCUCGCGCGGGCGGCGUGGCGCGAGGAAGGCAGCUCCUGCCGGGAAGCGGCUCCCACCGGCCGCUGCAGCGCCACGCCGAGAGGCUCCGACUGCGGACGGGCACCCGCCGGUGGCAGCUCCUGCCGCGGAGGAAGGGGCCGGGCGGCUCCCCGGGGAGUCCAGGGCAGGCGCCCCUGAGGGCUCUCUCCCUCUUUCCGUGGGCCUGGGGUGGGGCGUCGAGGGGGGAAGCGAGUCGACGUUUCCUCAGGGACGGGAGGCUCUCAACGGUUGGUUUGUAGGUUUCUUCUUCUGUUUGGUUGUAAUAUGUAUGCCCCAUACCUGCCACUCUGGAUGGAAGUUGGUUCCUCGUGGCGCCUUCUUUACCGGUUUGGGAUAUACCUUUAAAAAGGCACAUUUCGAAGCGCGUUCUUCCCCUUGAAUAAUUCUGGGCCCUGCAGAUUAAGGGUUGCUGGGACUACAGGCCCCAUAAUUCUUGGAGCGGUGGGGAAACGGGUUUCAGAGGUGUGGGGCGUCUGCAGCCCGCGUUGCCUCGAAGGCCCAAGGCGGUGGAAAGGUGAAAUGCAUUUUUAAUACACAGCAGUGUAACAAAAAUAUCGCCACUUGACAUGUAGAAUUACAAUGAAAUAAAACCAGAUACUACUGGCCUGGGGGUAAAGCAGUUUAAAAUUAUCUGUUUAGGGUAGUUUAGAAUUAAACUGGUAUCCUAAAUAGAAGCUGAAUGAAGCUUUUUGGGAAGAAAAUUAGCUGCUGUUCCUUUUCUGAUGGUCAGUUGUUUUUGGUGAGUGGGUAAAAAGCUUACAUGCAGAACGAGGGCUUUUGCCUUAAUUUUGGCACAUAGGUGCAGAUAGAAACUUGCCCUGUUGAAUUUUGGCCUGUUAGCUGUUAAAGACAUUGGAACUCUACCCAGAACAACAAUUAGGGUGUAUACUCAAGAUCGCUUGCAGUAUCAUCCUAUGCAUGUCUACCCAGAAAUAACGUGCAUUGAGGGAAGUGGGAUUUACUCCUAGGUACGUUUGUAAAGUAGUAACCAAUCUAUACUAAGGCUGAAAUUCUAAACACAGUUUAGCAGUUCCCUUGUUCUCACAAUCAGGAUUGGAGCAAAGGUAGAUUUUGGUUACCCUUUGAUGUGUAUUUGUUUAAAGCUGAGGAUUCUUCUUCAUGCUGGUGUUUGUGUGGUGCCAUGGGGAGAAAGAGCAGGUGUUUUGCAUGAAUGCAGAGUCAAAGGGUGUGAUCUUGUUAGGAGUUGAGUAUUAGGCAUACUAAUAUGUACUCAAACCCCUCCAUGUGAAAGUUUCUCAGCUGGGGCUGGGUUGCUGCUUUCCUGUCUGCCUUAAAUUAUAUACAUAAUCCACAAUAAGAUUAAAGAACAUAUGGUAAAUACCCUUUCACUUUAAAACACAAUGAUAACCAGCAAGAUUCCAGCUAAAAUAGCUGUAAGAUCCACAACAGUAAGAUCCACCUACAUGUCUACAAGAGUAAAAAUGUUUUCAUCUGGCACCAAAAAGUUAUCAGUGUUGCACUAGGAAAGCUUUCCUUGGUUGGAGAUAUGAUUCCACAAGAUUGCCACCAAAAACAGCUAGUUCUCUUGCUACCACCCUCUGGACUUCUUCUGAAGGAGACACCAGAGAAUGUGUGACUUGACCUGUGUAAGUGUAAAACUAGCACUUAGAUCAUGGGUAGGCAAACUAAGGCCCAGGGGCCAGAUCCGGCCCAAUAGCCUUCUAAAUCCAGCCUGCAGACGCUCCAGGAAUCAGUGUGUUUUUACAUGAGCAGAAUGUGUCCUGUUAUUCGUGGGGCACAGAAAUUAAUUCAUUCCCCCCCCCCCCAUAUAGUCCAGCCCUCCACAAGGUCUGAGGGGCAGUGGACUGGCCCCCUGCUGAAAAAGUGUGCUGACCUCUGUCCUAGAUCUACAUAAUGGCUUAUGAAAAGAUAGGAGAUGGCAAAGUUCUGGUUUCCCCAACUGAGAAAGGAUAUUGUGGCACUGGAUAGCUCAGCUGGUAGAACAUGAGACUCUUAAUCUCAGGGUCGUGGUUUGUGCCCCAUGUUGGGCAAAAGUUUCCUGCAUUGCAGGUUGGGUUUGAUGACUUUCAUGGUCCCUCCCAACUCUGAUUCUAUGGAGAAGUUGCAUGAAAGCACAGCCCAAACGACCAUGGGAGUGAAGCACCUUCCUUAUGAAGAAAAGUUGCAAUAUUUGGGGAUUUUAGUUUUGAAGUAAGAAAUGAUGUAGUCGGCUGUGACAGGUCUAUAACAUUAUUGCUAAGGGAGAGAAAGCGGAUUUAGAAGUUUUUAUUCCUUUUACAUAACAGAGCAUUGUAGAAUCAUAGAGUAUCAGCUCAUAACAUCAGCAGUAUACCAUGACUGUUAGCAGCGGAUGAAACUGGCAUAUAAUGCAGGAUUGGCAAAAGAGAGACUUGUUUCACGUGGUGCACAAUUAGUGUAUAGAAUUUAUUGCUAUAAAAUGAGGUAGCGACUAGUUUAGAUGGCUUUAAAAGGGGGUUAGAAAACUGGAUGAGAUUUCCUUUGGCUACUAGUAAUGAUAGCUCUGUGUGUGUGUGCGCGCGUGCGCGCGCGUGCACACCCACACACACCCUGUGGUUCAGAAGUAAGUAUUAUGCUACUGAACGCUGUUGCUGGGUAGCAGCAAGAAGAAAGAGAUACUGUCAUCGUGUCCUGCUUGAGUUUCCAGAGGCAUCUAGUUGGCCACUGUUGAAGAAAGAAAUACUUCAAGAAGGCAUAUUUGUAUCAUACUGGUCUUUUAAAUCUUGGAUGUAGGACCAACAUCCACCAGCUGAUGUUCUUUUGCAUGCAAACUAAAUAAUGGGUUACCAGUUGAGGUUGCUGCAGGAGGAUCAGUGCUGGUAUACAGCUGGGAGUAACAUAGUAAGGCAUAUUAAAAGAGACAUUUUCUGUGAAAGGUGAUCCAUUUACAACUGGGGCAACUUCUGAUGACUUAAAGGAACAGAGAAUUUCUGAUGACUAACGCUUCAGAUUAAGAUACUCAUCAGUUUGAAAAAUGGUUUGUUUUUGGCAUAAUUUGAUGUCAUAUGGAGACUGUAACAAAAUUUGAUGUGUUUUGUUUUUUGCAAACUUUUUUCUGAUUUCCAGUUGAAAUAUUAUGCUUUUAUACAGUUUAAAGAGUGAUUUCCCUCCCUUAUUUACCAUUUUUUAUAAAUUCCUGUCCUUUGUGGAAAUGGUGAAUUCUUAGCCACAAGACCACAUAACACUGGUCUUGAAAGACCUACAUUGGCUCCCAGUAAGUUUCUGAGCACAAUUCAGUUUGUGCUGACCUUUAAAGCCCUAAACGGCCUUGGUCCUGUAUACCUGAAGGAGCGUCUUCACUCCCAUCGUUCAGCCCGGACACUGAGGUCCAGCUCCGAGGGCCUUCUGGCAGUUCCCUCACUGUGAGAAGCAAAGUUACAGGGAACCAGGCAGAGGGCCUUCUUGGUAGUGGGGCCCACCCUCUGGAACACCCUCCCAUCAGAUGUCAAAGAAAUCAACAACUUUUAGAAGACAUCUGAAGGCAGCCCUGUUUAGGGAAGCUUUUAAUAUAUGAUGAAUUAUUGUAUUUUAAUGGUUUGUUGGAAGCUGCCCAGAGUGGCUGGGGAAACCCAGCCAGAUGGGCGGGGUAUAAAUAAUAAAUUAUUAUUACUAUAUUAUAUAUACCUUGUUUACUGUAAUCUGGCAAAACAGGUUUAUUGUUUUGUUAAUUAAAUUCUCAGGUGUGGUUUUUUUGCUCUUGUUCCAGUGUAAAAUGUAUGCUAUACCGAAACAGCAAGGAAUAAUAUAUUUUUAAAUAAGGGGUUAGGCGAUCCACAAGUCCAAAUUUACUUGGUAUAGUGACCCAUUGUUUUAUUAUCAAAUGAAUUUUGGAUGCCAUGUCUUUGUCAGCCGUUGGUUUCAUGCAUUUUUAUUUCAAGUUUGCCUAAUUAUAACUGCUACUUGGGACACCCAAGUAAACGUUUACUUAAUGCUGCUAUUAUGUGGAAUUUGUUGCAAUAUUUAUAAAACUUCCAAAGUUAUUCACAGUAUUGUUUAUGGGAAUGUUAAGAACACCAGCCAUCUGAUUGUACAAUAUUGCUUUAUAAGCUAUAAAAUGUUAUUCUAGAAACAUAUGGUUACACAAGUAGUAUUAAAUACAAUGGAGUAUUAAUAUUUUUAAUAUUCACGGUAAAGUUCAUUUUAGCAUUUAGCAGUGGUUUGUCUGAGCUUGUAUUUGGCCAACAAGUACUAAUGUAUGUUCACAUUAGUAGCUUGAAACUCAGUGAGGUCAUUUGCAUGGAGAUGCCUUCAUGCGACCUUAUGGUUUCCUUUCCCUGCAACUCCUAUGGAACUCCUGUGCAUUACACUUUCACCUUCUCUUCCAUGCUCAUCUGCACUUGUGUGAUGACUACUAGUGUCUUUUCACAUUGCAGUUUACUCUGCAUCCAGUUUUCUAAUUGGAUGGCAGCUAGUCUGAGUAAAAACACGUUCAACAGCAGUAUUUUUCAAGGAACAACAGGAUUGAUAUAGAUUGUGGCUAAGGUUGUGUGAAUUUGGCUUCCGGAGUUUUAAAUGGUCCCUGAAUUUUUGGGAGAUCAGCACUCUCCCCCCACCCAAAUGUAGAUUUCAGACAGUGUUGGAAUUUUUUCCAUAGUAAGGUGCAACACACCUAACCCUGUAGACUGCUAUGGAAUGAUAGAAUUCUGCUUAAAAUCUAUUAAUAUUUUAAUUUUUGAACUGACUUGUUUACUGUGUAUUUUAAAAAUUGAAAUUGACAACCUGUGUGUCCGAAGUCAUGUGCCUCAGAAUGGGGUGUGAAAAGGUUUGCAGUAUUGCUUGAGCAACUGACAUGAUCAGUGUUGCAAGAGAGGAAGAACACAGGUAUUAACAGUUCACAAGUUCUUCUACUUCAUUCCUGGCCAUUUGGGCAUAUUGGAAAAUCUUAAGCACAAUGUAUUUAUUCAUUGAAGUAAAGCUAAAAUAAGUCUUGGGGAUUGCUGACAGUAUGAUGGGGGAAAGUGCUGCAGUUUAAGAAUAUUCUUCAGCAAAAUUACAUGAAGGAAAACUUGCAUAGCUAUAUCUUUUUUUGUUUGUUUGCUUGUUCUGCGCACAGAUUUUAUUUUUUCUUCUUUUUUUCAUAAUUUUUUAUUAAAUUUCAGUACACUUAAACAGUUGUAUCCAAAUUUCACAAAUUAUCUCUUUUUGGACUUCCUUCAGCUUCUCUGAUAAUCUUCCAUAUUUACCUCUUCAUUGCACAUUCCCUUUAUUUGUAUUGCAUAGCCUUAUCUUCUGCCUCAGGCUGCAGCCUUAUUUUCAAGCAUUACCACUAGUAUUUUUAAUUUUGUGCAUGCUUUCUUAGGAGUACAUCCCACUGAAUUCAUUGGGUCUUUCUUCCAAGAUGACUUUAGGUUCAUAGACCUUGAUAGCUGCAUCCUCAGAACUGUGUCUACCCCACAGAAUCUGGUGCCUGACAAAGUGGAAAUUCUGCUGCCAUGAGCCCUCCAGCUGCGAAUCCCAAGAUUCUGUAUCGGAAUUCCCGCCUUCUCCGUAUGGUGUUCCUGCAGCUCCACCGGCAACAGAGAGCUGACUUAUUUUGUGAUGUUGUCCUACAAGCAGAAGGUAAUACUUAAAGCUGGGAGGGUUUAAGUUAAGGGUGCUUUGCUUCCUAACAGAGUUGGAAAUUCCCAGGUGCCUGGAAAUUCCUGGCCAGCACUUCUGCUUUAAGGAUCCAGCACCUAAAAUUUUGACAGUGACUCCUAGAAAUUUCAAGUAUUUUUCAAGCUUAGACUGCAUGGUUAACAAAAAGGAAACAUCCGCAACAAUUAAUUAAUGAUGUUUAUGGCCUAUUGGAUGUGAUAGAUGGAUUUCCCAGAGCCUGUUCUCAGUGUCAUAGGUUCCUUAGAAACGUAGGCAGCUUUCUUGCAAUGAGUAGAACCCAUUGGUCCAUCUAACUCAAUAGUGUCUAAAUUUAACUAACAGCAGCCAUGGAUUGAAGGGACUUUUUGCAUGCAAACCUGAGCCACCACUGGUUUUCUCUCCCAAAGCAGUUGACAUCAAUUAAACUUGGUCUGCUGGUCACUGGAUAGGUGUGCUUCCCUUCUGUUCUGCAGUUCCAGGACAGCUUAACUCUCCCAUUGAAAUCAAGGCUUUGCAGUGCUGAACUUUGGCUGGAUUAUGCCUAGAGUUCUUAACCAUGUGCCUCUCCAGUGUAGUGGUGUUUUUAUGAUAGCAAAUUGUUCUUUGUUUGUAAAAUGCCUGCUCACAAACAAAUGUGAGUACAAAUCCACUGAGAACUUCUCCUAAGCAAACCCAGUUGAAACAAACAAGAGUAUAUGUGUACUGGGAAAAGUCUGUGUAUGCUUAUAAUAAUGUAUAGUACAUCUUAUGCUGUGAAUUGCUUUUUGCUAGUGCUUAAGUGCCCUCAAAGCUGAGAGGGCAGAGAACAGGGUGAGCUAAAAUAACUUAUUUUUUCCAACCAUUCUGUUCUUUAUUUUAAUUGUAUCAUGUCCAGAAGGAAUUGUAAAAAUAAGUUUAACAGUUUUAAAUGAGCUGCUGAGACAGACUCAUAAGCAGACUGAUCGUAAAACUAAAUGGUUUUAUGCUAUAAUAUGCCUCAGUACGUAAGAAGGAUUAAACAGUACAGCUCUAUAAUUAGUCGUGAGAUAACACUUGGGGAAUCUCAAGAAAAAUGUUUAUUUAGGGGCUGGAACACUUUGGGACCAACUUCUGUCCAGAGGGGGCAAAUAUCUGGUUUUCUUUGUUGAUACAGUACCUGCUAACAAUUGUGUUGUUUCCAGGGGAAGCUGUUCCAGCUCACUGUUGCAUUCUGUCAGCCUGCAGCCCUUUCUUCACAGAGCGUUUGGAGCGAGAAAUGCCCCCCAAAGGACACAAGGUGGUGCUAGAGAUCCGGGGGCUGAAAAUUGGGACUUUACGUAAGCUGGUGGAUUUCCUCUACACCUCUGAGAUGGAGGUGUCCCGGGAAGAAGCCCAGGAUGUUCUUGCAGCUGCACGGCAGCUUCAGGUGUCAGAGUUGGAGUCACUUCAUCUAGAGGGAGGAAAGUUGGUCAAAAAAUCCCUGGGCCCUAGAUUAAAUCGGGACUGCCUACAGCUAUCUAGUCCAUUAUCCAUCCCAGAGUUAACGCUGUUGCAGUCUCCCCCUGCCUGCAGUGGUAGUUCCUUGACGUCAUGGCUGUCUUCAAAUAUGCAGCACACUGUAGUGAAAGUUCCAUGCACCAAGGAAAUGGAUAACAAUAGCAGCAUUGUCCAGAAAGCUGUCAAGAAGGAAAAACCAGAAGCAUUGACGAGUGGGAAUGAAGACCAGAUGCCUAAAGAUCCAGCAGUUACCGCCGAGCCCCUUAGAACUAAAGUUAAAAAACGUCUUACAGGCAUGGGAAAGAAUAUAUUAGGCAAUAAUGAGCAUGACAGUUUGCGGACACAGGAUGGGACUGGUGAUAGCCAAGCUACAACCAGCUUGCAAGAGUCAAAAAAGAUUAAGCUCAGUCGCUCAAAGCUCCCCUCAUCACCUUUGCCUGUACCAUGUGCUAUCAAAGACACUGUGGAAUCCAGCAAACCCUCAAGGUCCAGCAGACGUCACUGGAGGCAGAAAAGUCUUCCGAUCAAAGAUGAGCAGAAAGAAGCAGAAGAUAGCCAUUUGUAUGGUUUCUGGAGCCCGCCUCUCCCUCCAGAGGCUGCUAAGAGCAGAAAGCGCAACGCCAGUGAACCUUGUGUUAGCUGUCCCCAAAAUGCAGGGCAGAUUGGCCGGGUAAGGCUCAGAAAAGUUAUCAAUGGCAGCUGCUGGGAGGUGGUGCAGGAAUCUCCCUCAGCUCAGGCCACCCGGCCAGCAAACUCUAUGUGUGCUGUGAAAGAGGAGGGCUCUCGGUCUCCGCCCAGGUAUCCUGAGCCGGAAGGAGUAGAUGCACAACAGUCAGUCACCUCAACUAGAUGUCUGCCAACAAAAAUACAAAGUCCACCUCUUAAUGAGAAGAACCUGGGAGAACAAGCUGAGAACAAGGUAUCCUUGGAAGAUGGAGACCCUUAUAAAUUGGAUCUGUUUCUGCUAGACCAUCUGACUGAGGAUGUGCAGUAUGACAAGCUGGUUUCAGCUGGUGAGUUGGAACACAUGCUUGAUAUGUUUCUGGCAGAUGAUGGUGAUGCUGUUGAGGAGCCUCAAGAGGCCACUAUUCCUGAAGGCAUGAAUAUUUUAUGGCCUGCACCAGGAGCAAAUGAGUGUCCACUAGAAUGUGCUGAAGUUGAAAGAAAAGCUAUGUGCUCUCCAGAAGCCUCUGACUGUCCUCUGUGGGUCAAGACCCAAAACAGUCUCCUAAAAGGGGAACUGGAGGCUGUUGACAUGAAGAUCAGCAGAGAAGCUCAUGGCUCAGCAAAUGGGAGACCCUUGCUAGACCCUGUUCCCAGCUACUUUCCAUUUGUGAAGUCUGAAACCAGCAGUGACUGUUUUACCUGGUACAAACCAGCUUCUCCCCAACUGGAUGAUUGGACAGCUCAGCAUCAACUGUCCCUGUCAGAGAAUAUGCCUGCAAACCUUGGUGAUCCUUUGCCCAUCACUUUGGCAGACAAUGAAGACCGGGGUUUUUUGUCCUAUGAAGUGGGUAUCUGUGGUGUCGAAACACAGCUCCAUGCUCAGACAUUGCAGAAGAGCCCUUUGCAACACCACUUGGGCUAUAAGGUGCCUCCAUGCUUGGAAGAGGAAGAGAUAGAUGUUGGUGGGGUAGACGAACUCUUGGUUAGCAUCGAAUGCGUCAGGCCAGACCCCUCUCCGGUGUCUGAAACCGAGGUGGAUGUUGUGAACUAGUGAAUGCAGACCAUGGGAAGGAGUUGCCUUGACUACCCAGGGGCUGUGAGGGGUCAGGUCUGAUGUCAAAAGGUCUGCUGGUCAGGCUAAGAAGGGCCCACUGCUACCCUGCUCACCUCGGUGCCAAUAGGAUCCCAUCGGGCAUUGCUGCUGCUACUUGCUACCAUUGCCAUUGGCUCAUUAUCCCUCUCCCUGGGUGUAUUUAUCCUGGAGGCAACAGCACUUGUGGUUAAAGGGGAGCCUCAAGCCUCUGGUGGGCAGCCGCUAUGCCAAGUCUCCCAAAAUACAAAGUAUGUGGGGACCUUGGGGGACAUUCAGCGUCAUGGCUGCCUGCUGCAGGCCAAAACUGAACUGAGACUUGGCUGAGAUGUCUUCCCAACUGAAAGCGGGAAGCCUGCUUGGGGAUGAGUGUGUGACACAGUAAGCAGCAACGCCACGCCUCAUCCCCGUCACCUCUCUCUUGGGACCAUCUGGACUGUUGGACUUCCUUGGUGUGGUGGUAAUGGUGAGCUGCAGUGCACCCUUUAACUUAGCUCUCUCCCCUGGUUUUGCUUUCUCGCUUGCCCAGUGCAGUGCACUUCUGAUUUCAGCCUGCCAUGGCCUCUCUCCCACACAUGACCACCCCCUCCCUCAUGGACACAGGUGACGAUGUCAGCCUUCCUGUGACGCCUGCCAGGACAGAGAACUCAGCUGCUGAACUGAGCCUCCCCAUUGCCAGGCUGCCCUGCUUGAAAAGGUGGAGAAUAAAAAACUAACACGCACUGCCAUGAGAGGAGAGGAGGGUGCCUCAAAGUAGGGGCAGCAUCACCAUGUCAAGGUCUCAUAAAAGUCUGGCCCUGUGUGGGAUAGACUUCGGUGCCACACUUAAAAUCCUUGAUGGGGCUGCGGUAAAUAAAUACAUUAGUAGUAUCUUACAGUGCUUUUGGAGUGCCAAGGGAAAAGUGCCCCCCCCCCCCGGAAUUCCAAAUGGUACGCGGGGUUAUUUUACUAUCAUCACCCCCUCGGCCUUAUCUAAUCAUGACUGUUACGUUUGUAACUGUUUUCUAUACAGUGCAGGCUGGCAGGAUUCCUGGUCUGCUUUAUAGGAUAGGUAGAAGCUAGAAACUAAAAAACUGAAACAUCUAGCAGUGGUUCUGUCAAAAAGUAAGGAAAUGUUAAUGGUGGGGAAAGUCUUUCUCAUGCACUAAAACUGCACAUGAGCACGGUCUGUUUCAGUUCUAUUUAUAGCAGGAGGGCCACCAGUUUCCCCCACCACCACCCCCAAUAAUGAAGGAGGGUAUAGCUGCCCCAAGGUGAACAAAAAGGGCUUUCUAAAUACACAGGAAGUGUGGCACUCACAAUUCAGUGAACAAAGUCAGUUGUGCAUUCUAGGGUAACCAGAGAGUGACUGUGUUCUCAGUGACUCAAACUUAUAGUUUGUUUGUGGCUUUAAUUUUAAUUUUUAAUGGUAGGCAGCUAAAGCAACUUUUAGGCCUUGCUCCCUGCCCCACCCUCUUAAAACCCAAUCUGGUGAACAGUUACACCAGCAGCACAACUUGGGAGUAGAAGGGACUUUACAACACUGGAGAAGACAUGGGUGGUGGCCUACUGUUCCCACCAGCUGUGUGCACACAUCAAACACUUUAUCACAAAGGUCACACUGGAGCUAGAAACAGCAGCAUGACUUUUGCUGAUGCCUCUCACUGCAUCUGCUGUACUUUUGAGUGGAUGCUCUUUGGGCUGCACUGCAAAAGCUCGGGGCAUUUAUUGGAGCAGCUGCCUGGAAAUGUUAAAAGCCCCUUCAAGGCUGUCUUUUCUCUACUUCCGGUAGGACCGACCACUUUCACUGGCUAUUAAUGCUGGCUAACCGUCUGUGGAAGCUGAUUUAGUAAACAGUUACAUGCCCUGCUGAUUUUAUUUUAUUUUGUACAGAGAUGGCUUUCCAAAGUCUAAUAACAGGUUAAAUCACUUGUUUUACAUUCAAACCAUUUCCCUUGUUUACAGCUUAUUCAAGGAGAGGUGUAUUCAAGUGCAGUGACCCAUGCGUCCACGACACUGUGCCAACUACUUCCUUUUGAUAGCCCAAAGCUCUCAUUGUACAGAAAACAAUCUGAAGAGUAGAUGGCACAAAGGCCAUAAGAAAUGUUGAGUUGUGACUUUGUUCAAUUAAAGUUCCUAUAUUUCCCCCCCGAGUUGUCUUUAUUUUGUUUAAACUUAUGGCAGCUUAUGGUUUAGUUGCAGCACUGGUAGAAAAGAAACAAAUUGCACACAAGAAGCUUGUUAGAAACAGGAUAAGGGAAAAGCUGAUAUUACGGAAGAAUCAUCAUCUAGAAAGGAAGUUACUGCAGGAUAUAUAGGCAGAUCAUGGCACCAGAUUUAGCUAGAACAAAAUGGAAAGAAAGGGCUCCAGAGAUUUACAAAUGACAUCCUUUUUGCAGUUAAUGAACGAGAUAAUAAAGCAUGCUGAAUGUUAAGGUAGG